UGAGCAUAAAAAUACACUAAAUAAGGUCGGGCUGUGGAUUAUUUAAAAACUCAGUUGGCAGCGCUUUUUCGAUGUUCUUGACGGCCGGCCGGAAUUUUGUUCGUGUUUUUAGUUCACGCCAAAUAGCAACCUGCAGAGCUAGAAUGGCGAGCGAAGUGGAAAAAUCCCAAACGGCAGCAGCCAGUGAAGAUACUAUUUUCGGAAAGAUUUUGCGCAAGGAGAUUCCCUGCACUUUUAUCCACGAGGAUGAGAAGUGUGUGGCUUUUCAUGAUGUGGCUCCCCAGGCCCCAACCCAUUUCCUGGUGAUCCCCCGCAAACCGAUCGCCCAACUUUCGCUGGCGGAGGAUGGAGAUGGUGAUCUGCUGGGACAUCUCAUGCUGGUGGGUCGCAAGGUGGCCAAAGAUCUGGGCCUGAAGGACGGAUACCGUGUGGUCAUAAACAAUGGCAGGGACGGUGCCCAGUCUGUUUACCACUUGCAUUUGCACUUUCUCGGCGGUCGCCAGAUGCAGUGGCCUCCUGGCUAAGAAACGUUAUAUGCCGGCUGCGAGAUCCGCGAUCAUUUAACCCGAAGGGUACAAUAAACUCCAAAAGAACUAUUGAAUAAAAUUAUAUGAAAACAAAAAA